AUGUUAAUAGGAAAUGAUUAAAACUUUUAGUGCAAUUAAUUACUUUAGAAGGAUUCUAUAUUCAAUGAUGGAAAAGCUUUAUGGAUAAACUAAGAUUAUGAUUCCUCAAAACCAAUUGAUUAACAGAGGUUUAAAAUUGAGUUAGAUUCAAAAAAUAAAAUAAAAUAAUUAACCCUAUAUGAAAAAUACAUAAGAUAUAGUUAACAUGUAAAAAGUACAUAGAUAAAUUAGAAAAUUAUUCUUUUUGAAAAUAGUUUCUUGGACCUUGUUCAUAAUUAAUAAAAUAAAUUAGUAGGCUUUAGAUUAGUAAAAUAUGAUGGAAGUUUGACAAUUAUAGGAGAAUGCAAGCAAUGGAUUAAAAUGUUGAAAAAAUAUGUGAUUUAAAGUGAUUUUUCUAGAAAUUAUAAAAUAACAAAAAAAAUAGGGAAUGGAACUUUUGCAGAUGUUUAUUUAGUUAAGCAUAAGCACACAAAUAAGGAAUAUGCUGCUAAAAUAUUUUAUAAGAAAAAAAUAAUUUUGGAGGAUAAAGAACUUUUAAUGAUAACUAAAGAAGUCUAAAUAACAAGACUCUUUUCUAAUCCUAAUAUUUGUUAAUUAUAUGAGGUUUUUGAAUGUAAAGUGCACUUAACUUUAAUAAUGGAUUUAUUAGCCGGAUCUGAAUUAGUUUAUUCUCUUAAAUUGGGAGGAUUAUCGGAGAUUUAAUCAAUUUUAAUAAUAAAACCUCUUUUUCAAGCUCUAUAACUCUUACAUAAGCAAGGAAUCUUUCACAGAGAUAUUAAACCAUAAAAUAUAAUGCUUCAUCAAUCUGGUAAAUUAGAAACCGCAUGUUUAAUUGAUUUUGGCCUUGCUGAUUUCUGGAAUCAUAAAAGCGAGUAUUUAUUCUCCCAAUGUGGAACUCCAGGAUAUGUAGCUCCAGAAAUCUUACUUGGGCAUUCCUAUGAUUUCAAAGUUGAUGUAUAUAGUCUAGGAUUAGUAUUGUAUUUGAUUCUAACAGGUAAAGAACCCUUCUAAUCAAAAACAAUUGAGGGUCUAAUUGAAGAAAAUACGUAUGGGCAUAUUGCUUUAUCACAUUUAAAUUUAUCUCCAAAUUGUCUUGAUUUUUUAUAAAAAGUUCUAGCAAAAUCUCCAAAUCAAAGAUUGACUUCCUAAGAAGCUUUGAUACAUCCUUUUUUACUUUUUGGCCCAGGAAAUCAUUUAGAUUUGAUUCAUAACAAAAUGUAAUCACCUGAACAAUAUAUUUCUAAAAGUCAAUAAUUUCGUAAAAGCGUUGCUUCUCUCAGAUUAUAAACUGAUACUUCGAAUAAUUAAUUGAAUUAAAGAGAUAUUUUUAAAAAGAAUGAGUUAGAAAGAAAAGACAUCAAAAAAUAGUUUUCAAUUCGAAAAGUAAAACUGUGA